AUUUUCCACGUGUAACACCCCACUCAAAGUCUCAUAUAAAAUCGAGUUUUCCAACCAAAAUUCGCCGAUCUUAAGCGCGAGCGAGAAGACUCUGGAAGUCAACGAACGUGUUCCUCCAUGGCAUACGUCGAACGAGGUGUUGUGAAAUCCAAGCGAACCAUAUGGCGACUCAGAACGCUCACUGAUUUCUUUUGGUCCAUCGUUAAUUUCUUCCGUGUGUUCUUCAUGACUAUGUUUUCGAUGGAGAAGUCUGAUGGUUAUAAGAAAAGCUCAGGUAGCAGCAGCAAAUGGGGUGGCGGGGGUCCUGGAGGUGGCCCGUAUGGUGGUGGGCCACGUGGACCCCCACGUGGGUUAGACAACGUUAGAGGCAUUGACCACAGCUCUCUUCCAGCUUGUGGAUCUUGCUGUGGAGGUUAAUAUCAUAGCUGAUACUAAUUUGUAUGCCAUCUUUUAUAAUGCUCAUGUACACACUUCCAUUCUUAUAACUUUUUCAUAGUCAUUUACUCUGUUCAAAUAACAUCUUUGUCCUUUAUGCCUGUAUAAUAUCAUCUAGUCCUUUCAA